AUGCCAACGCGAGGAGGCGCAAGAGGAGGAGCAGCCGAAUUCAGCUGGGACAAGGUCAAAGAGUCCAAAGAUCGCGAAUUCUACCUCGGCAACUCAGUAGCCGCCCCAACAGGGCGAUGGCAAGAUGGCCGAGAUAUCAACUGGUACAACAAAGAUGCAUCUACUUCCUCCUCCGCAGCUGCAGAUGAAAGAAGGGAAGAGCUAAGAAAGAUCAAAGAGGCAGAAACUGCCGCGCUAUAUGCGAAGCUUGGGAAACCGCCUCCUGCGCCAAGGUCGGAUGAUGGGUUGGUGAAGGUGGGGGAGAGAUUGGCGAGCGGGUCGGCGGGGGCGGUAAGGAGGGAGGCCACGGGAGCAAAUGGUGCGCCGCUCGAAGGUAAUAAGUCGAGAACGUGGGGAAAAGGAAGCGAGGAGGCGGAGGAGCUGUCGGAAGCGGAUAAGAAGCUGGCGACAAAGUUUGCAAGGAAUGAAGUCAGGAGAAGGCGUGCUGAAACUGGUGAGGAUAAUGGCGAGAGGAGGAGGAGUAGGAAGGACGAAGAGAGUCGUCAUCACUCUAGCGGUAGAAGGCGUCGAGAUGAUGAUGAGGACCGGGAGAGACGGCAUGGUAGGUCUCAUCGACACCGCGACAACGAGCUAGAAGAAAAGGAGUCGAGAAGACAUCGUCAUCAUCACAGCAACAGCCGAAGAAGCCGCAGUCGCAGUCGCAGUAGGAGCAGAUCUCCCGAGUCAAGCAGCUAUCAUCGACACCGCCAUCACAGACAUCGAUAUGACGACCGCCACAGAUCGAAGCAUUCGCGAGAGAAGGAUGCGGAAGAUACGCAACACCGCUCUUCAUCUCAUCGAGAGCCAGAUCACGGUCGCUCGCGACAACGGUCUGACCAAGACUGA